AUGGAUUCGAUAAGCGAGGAUCUCACGUCUCCAGUUCCAGAAAUAGGAGGUAAAACUCUCCUUAAUCACAAUGUAUCUGGAAAAUUUUCUAAGGUUAAAAAGAAAUCGUUUUCUCUCUUUCUCUCGUGCUCGACGACUCAGACCAAAAAAAUCUCUCCUUUGCAUAGAUUUGCUCUUCGUUUCCCCUCUUUGAUUCCGUUCAACGAUCAAGCUAGAGAGUCAGUCAUCAUCAAGGUUGGAGAAAUCAUCUCUCGUUUUGAGAAGAAGGGUUUUAAACUGAUUGGACUUAAGAUGUUCCAGUGUCCACGGCAGAGGGGAGUUUUACAAAGUGAAGAUAGGAACGGUGGUGGCAUAGAAGGAGACAGAACCGGAGAAGCAAGAGGCAAAACAGAGAGUAGAGGAAGAUAGGAAGCCUCAGAUUGAAGCAGCGAUAGUGAGGAUCAUGAAGUCGAGAAAGAUACUGGACCACAACAACAUAAUAGCAGAAGUGACGAAACAGUUUCAGCCACGGUUCUUGGCUAACCCGACGGAGAUAAAGAAGAGGAACAUCAUAAUCUGAGUUGACCAAAGCUAGACUCGCGCUUUGGGAAAAAUACUAAAGUUGAUUCAGCUUGGACUUAUCAUCUUUGGGAAAGAUACUAAAGUUGAUUCGCCGGUGGAGUCGCUGCAUUUGCUGUCCCCUUUGUUCUGUCUCAGGUUAGACUCUUCUUCAUGUCCCCUUUGUUCGCUGAAUUAGACUCUUCUUCUCUGAUGAUUAUAAAAGAUUCCAAGUUUAAAGCUUUUGUCAACUUGAGGUAGAGAAUCAUAGAGGUGACAGUGAACUCUGAGUUUUGUUUAGUCUCCUUUGGUAUGCCUAUGGUUUAGUCAUCCAUCACAUGGUAAGCACCAGUCAUCCAAGCAUUGUAUAUAGACAGAGCUCUUUUUGGUCUUCCCAUAAGAACCUGGUUUCUUCUUUUUCUUUAUAUAGACUUGAACACUUGGUGAUAUACGUU